UUAUUUGUUUCCUAUUUCCUAAUUGUCUAACAAAUUUUUUUUUUCCCGGGCUAAAAAGAAAAAAAUAUAUAUAUAAAAAAUAAAAAUAAAAACCCAACUUUUGCCGUAGUCUCUUCCCUCUCCCUUUGGUCUUUUAUUUUCCACUGGGCGGGGGAGAAGAAGGAAAGGAGGAGGGAGGAGAUGGAAAUGCAGCAACUUCUGAGCAUGGGCUUCCCCGACGAGUUGGCCGCUGAAGCCCUCGCUGCCACCGGUGGAAAAUCCAUCGUCAAAGCCACCGAAUGGAUUCUCAACCACAAAACUGAUUCUAACCCCACCUUAAACCCUAGCCCCACCACAACCACCACCACCACCCCCACCAUCCUCGCCGAUGCAUCAACUCCUUUUCAGCCCAAAAUUGACCGAUUUUUUAACUUUCAUUCCAAACCAUCAUCCCAAUUAACCACACACAAAACCCAACUCAAGAAACAGGAAGAAUCAACUCACCACCACCUCAAACAGGAAGAAGAGGAAGAAGAUGACGCAGAGCAACGAAAGCGUCCCAAACACCACCACCACCAACACCCAUUAACAACGAAAAGAAAUUCUCUUUCUUCUUCUUCAGUUCCGUAUGUGGAAGACAGACCACCCCAUCAACCGUUAUCGGAGCGUAUGCGUCCUCGUACCGUCGACGAGGUUGUGGGUCAGGACCACCUUCUCGCCGCCACCUCCCUCCUUCGCUCCGCCAUCGAUUGCAAUCGUCUCUUCUCCAUAGUAUUCUGGGGUCCACCUGGUACUGGUAAGACUUCCAUUGCCAGAGCCAUUGUCAAUUCCUCCUCGGUUUCUUCUUCCUAUCGAUUUGUUGCUUUAUCGGCUGUAACUUCUGGGGUCAAAGACAUUAGGGACGCUGUGGAGGAGGCUAAGAAACAGAAAUUGAAGCAUAACAAGAGAACUGUUCUGUUCGUGGAUGAGGUUCACAGGUUUAACAAGUCACAGCAGGACUCGUUCUUGCCUGUGAUCGAAGAUGGGAGUGUCGUCUUCAUGGGUGCCACCACAGAGAACCCGUCUUUUCAUUUGAUUACGCCAUUGUUGUCCCGUUGCAGAGUUCUGACCCUUAACCCUCUGAAGCCUCACCAUGUUGCCACUCUGCUCCGGCGAGCUGCUGCUGAUUCCGAAAAGGGGUUGGCCAGGAGUAUGGGGAUGAAAUCUAUUGUGGUUGAUGAUAAAGCCAUUGAGUUUCUUUCGGAAAAUUGUGAUGGGGACGGUAGGGUGGCCUUGAAUGCUUUGGAAGUUUCUUCUGCAACAGCUUUGGCACGAUUGCAAUCCGUUUCAGGUGAUAAAGAUGGCAAUGGAGGAGGAGGAGGAGGAAAUGUGGUCACAGUCACUCUUGAUGAUGCCAAAGAGGCACUUCAAAGCAAGCAUCUUGCUUAUGACAAGGCAGGUGAAGAGCACUACAAUCUCAUCAGUGCACUCCACAAGUCCAUGAGGGGAAGCGAUGCUAAUGCAUCCAUUUAUUGGCUGGCUAGGAUGUUGGAAGGUGGUGAAGAACCCCUCUACAUUGCACGCCGACUCAUCCGGUUUGCGAGUGAAGAUGUUGGAUUGGCUGACCCGUCUGCUCUCAAUCAGGCUGUUGCCUGCUACCAAGCUUGCCAUUUUCUUGGCAUGCCAGAGUGCAAUGUGAACCUAGCGCAGUGUGUUGCUUACUUGGCUUUGGCUCCUAAAUCGGUUUCCGUUUAUCAAGCAUUGGGGGCUGCACAGAAGGUGGUGAGGGAAUCAGUUGGGCAGAAUGAGGGAGUGCCACUCCAUCUGAGGAAUGCACCAACUAAGCUAAUGAAGGAAAUUGGGUAUGGGAAGGGUUAUAUCUACCCUCCUGACAAUCCUUCAUCAUCCCAGACCUAUUUACCACCAUCUCUUCAAGGUUAUAAGUUCCUCAACUGGCCAAAUGGUACUGGCACAGAUCGAUGAGAACCAUUCAGUGACAGUUGGAUGUUCAUGAAGAUAUUAACUUUUGUGAAGAUAUUAACUUUUGCUGGUUUGGUGCUCCUUCCUUUUUCUCUUUUUUCGUUUGCUUGUCCAGCUUGCAUGUUUCUGUUGCUGCGAAAAUUGGAAGCUUUUUUGUCCAUAUGUUUUGCACCAUUUUGUUUUUUAAAAAGGAUAGGAACAUGACAAUGGAGAACAAAAAGAAAAGAUAAUUAAUCUUUUGAAUUUUGCAUAGAUGAAAUUUCAUUUUGAUGGUACUCUUAGAUUAUGUGUAGCUGAACUUUCCGUUUGUGCUACUUAUUGACUUGUGUUGCUUGAAAUCUUUAUAGCUUACUACUGCCCUGUUAAGAUUAUAUACUUAAAUUACACAGAUAGCAAUAUCCUGUAUAUACAGAAAGUUCAGAAACGACAUGGGACCUUAGUCAGAAUUAACUGGCUCAUGAAUGGACCAAACUCAUCUUUGCCCUUAUCAACAACUAACAUAUGAAAGAAAUCAAAUGAUUUUUAAUUUUGAUUUUGGUUGAAGUUGGGUCAUUUCACAAUGUAGAAGAUUUCAUCAAAUUUUGAAAGGUGUUAUUGCUAUGGUGGACAUAUUGAAACAUCAUGGAUUGAUUAGGAAGAUUAUUCUGUAAGGUUCCAUUUCAGUUUCCUCAUUGAGUUACGCUCAAAAGUGAAAAAAAAAAGAAAAAGGCAAUCCACACACAAGGAGUAGUUUGUGCCAUUUCAUGUUUUGUUGCCAAAGCCUAAAAAACGAAAAGAAGAGGGGAAACAUUGUUUGGUUAGUAUUUGUUUUUAUGUAAAAGUUGGAAGCAACUGAAAGAAACAUGUACGAGCUAAAAGCAAGUAAUUAAAUUCUUUUUCGCUCAAAACACUAGAAAGCUACAGUUUAUUUGCAUAGCAAUACAACAACGGGUAUAGUAAGCAAAAUUGUACGAAAAGAAAAGAGGGGGGUUAUGAAAUAACCAUAGCGGAUGCAUUGGAUGGACACUAAGCAGGUGACCAUCUCCGUCUAUCAAAACAACUGGAAAUGUUUCAAAAAAGGUAGGCAUAUGACGUACAAAAAGUUCACGUCCUUCUUUAUCUCUAAAGCCAGAAAUUGGAGUAAAAAAGGACUUAUAUAUAUAUAUAUAUAUAUAUAACCUUUUCAAUCUCUCUCUCUCUCUCUUACACUGACUAAACCCUUCUGUCAAUCCCUCUCCAUCGAUGAUGACUAUUGAAGAACCCCAAAUAGGCAACUGAUGAAGCUCCCAGAGGAUGAUGUUACAUAUCUUCAAUCUCUUGCUCUCUCUGGAACUUUCGAUAUCUCUCUAGAAUGCAACUCUGAACCUCACAACUCACCCCUCCUAUCACUCCCUCUCCAUGGUUGACAGCUGUUGAAGGACCCCAAAACGGCGACCAGCUAAGCUCUAUCCAGAAUCUUUGAUGUCUCCCUAGUUCCUAUGGGAGGGAAGGUUCUGUUAUGGGGAGUAUUGCUUCUUCUUUUCUGUUCUUUUUUGUGCCUUGCUCUUUGUUGCGUUAUUUCCCAUUAGCUGCCUGAUACAGGUAUGUUUCUCAUUGUUAUUCUUUUUCUUUUUCUUUUUUGUUAUACCGGCAGCAUUGAAUUUACCUAGAAAAGUAUCACUCAGCCAUGGCUUUCUUUUCCAUAUGAUCUGAUCCUCCUGAUUGACCACAGCAAAACUGAAGUUGCAUGAUAAGAUAGAUACCAUUCUUGCCCGCAGCAUAGCUUGAAAGAUGAGAGAGUUUAAUCAAGAAACGUGCCCAGACUAAAAGGCCAUUUGCCUUGAAAAAAGUUGCUAGUUCGAUGCAUAUAAUGAAAUUGAAGAGAUGGGUUUUCACAAGGAUUUGAACAUAUAAAAUACCCAUGCUUGGAGCAAUCAUAUGUGUUUUGUUGAACAUAUUUACUACUUCUUUGUCCUCUGGAAAUUUGAUUGCGUAUUGAUGGGAUUUUGCAGGGUAAUGAGAUAAAAGUUCAAUGGCAGUUGCUCAAACUACAAAAACUAAUUUAAUGCUGACAAUUUCUUUUCAAGUGCCAGGAGAAGCUACAGGAAUGGCUGAAAGGGUACUUACUGGUGACUGUUAUUAUCAACCCUUGGAAAUACCGCCACUGUAUUGCACCGCGAAGAUAUGCCAGCGGUCAACUUGAGCCUAUACCUUGGUUUAUCCUAUAGCCACAAAUUCACUGAUUAAAAAUUUGCUCAAACAAAAACCAAUCUGGCCUUUUCUCCCAGUCCCGCUCUUCUUUCUACCCAUCCAAGAUACCUCGCUUCUCUAUCUCUCACGUGAUGUAACUCACGCGAUAAGGUAUGUCUCUCACACGCAUACACCGCCUCUGUGUCUUACUCUAUUUAAUCGAUUUCUCUUUCAAGGACCUCUCCAGGCAUCCACUGGGCUUCUGUUUUUACUCCCCUUCAUGAUUGUCACAUUGUGAAUUGAAGCUCUGUCAAUUUUGAUUAGGCACCUCUCUCCCUACACGCGCGCGCAUAUUAAGGCCAAAACCGUUGAUGAUACACACACAACCUUAGUGAUCCUAAUUUUCCUCUAGCCCCACGCUUGACCUCAUGCCAAACCUUGGCCACUCAACAUUGUUGUCGUACAACCUCCACCCUCACAAAUAUGAAGGCAGGCUUCCUCAGCAUCGCUUGGAAUGGAUGUUGCCACAUUGUCCUCAGUCUAUCGUGAAAACAAAGACAAAGGCAUGUGACGAAAGGAAAAAGCUAUAUGCAUUUCCUUUUCGGAUUUUCCACUAACAUAUUGGAUUUCGACCAAGUGAAAGAUCCCGAACCAUGUGUUGGAGUUGCAAAUGAAAUUGAUAAAUGUUAUUCGAUCGAAAAAAAAAAAAAAAAAAUGAUAAAUUGACAUUGAAGUCCAAAGAAACUCUUCGGAGUCAAGCUGCAUGUAGAGGCCAGAAUGUGCUGCUUCACCACCUCACUAGAUCUAUCGGAUAUAGCAUCUGUUGGAUCCUAAGCCAACAUUAAAUCUUGUGACUAUGAAGUGAAGUUGGCAGCACAACUCGAUGCAACUGGCUGCAUGUCGGCGGACAUACUACAUGAUACUUUAAUUUUCUGAUAAGCCCGAGCAUGAUGAAGCUGGUGGUUGUAAUGAUGGAGAUGAAGUUUGUGUUCAUGUUUCCUAGUUUUUAAGUGCAGGAUUUUCAAUUUCUUGUUGUAUUUCUGUUUUUACGUAUUUUAGUGUGUUUUUAUGUUUUAAAGUUCUCCACAUGUAAUUACAUUGCAAUUAUCAAUGGAAUGGUCAUUUUGUUUUGUUCAA